GUAUACGUGAUCGCCCCCGCCGUCGCGCCGUGGCCGAUACACACGCCGCUCUAGAUAACUCGCUUGAUUAUAAUCUGCUUAUCACUGCGAUCUCGAUAUCAAUUGUGACGGUCUACAGUGUGUAUUCGCAUAGUGUCGUCAUCAUAUUAGUUUUUACUCAUAAUAUCCACCUUUAGGACGUGAAACAUCGAACGCUGUUCAAACAUACGGUGUUUAAUUGUGUAAAGUUUUGUCUUAACAAAGAUAGGAUACCCACUCAAACACUUCCUGCGUUUCACUACCACGGCUGUGGUGCAAUCAAACAGUAUCGUUUAGAUCAACACGGAAUCUAUAUUUAACAUGUAUAUUUGUUUACUUAGUGGUGAAAUAAAGACAUAUCUAUACCGAGAAUUGCUUAAGCCUCAUUAAAAUUCUUAUGCGUGGGUUGUUUAACUGACGUCUAGUUGUGAAGUGAACUUAGUCUGGCGGAAGUCGAUUAACAAAUUAACAGUGUAAGUGAGGACAUUUGAAAUGAAACUUCUGGCCAACAUGGCGAAUGGAACUGCGGAGACAUUCAACGUUAUCGGAUCCGCAUAUGGAACAGGAGACCGACACUCGGCUGCGCCGAACGAAAUAUUUGUAAAUAGAUCGUUGCAUCUAGAAAAUGUUAAGUUCUACGGAUUUGAUAUGGACUACACAUUGGCUGAAUAUAAAUCGCCACAGUAUGAGACUUUAGGUUUUAAUUUAACCAAAGAAAGAUUAGUAUAUAAGGGAUAUCCAAGUGAAAUAUUGGAAUUUGAAUAUGACCCUUCUUUUCCAGUAAGAGGUCUGUGGUUCGACACGUUAUAUGGCAACUUACUAAAAGUAGACGCUUAUGGUAAUAUUUUAGUGUGUGUGCACGGAUUUGAAUUUCUAAAACAUUCACAAGUAUACGAAUUGUAUCCAAAUAAGUUCUUAACGCUAGACGAGUCAAGGGUUUAUGUACUGAACACACUGUUCAACUUGCCUGAAACAUAUUUAAUAGCAUGUUUAAUAGAUUUCUUCACAAAUUCGCCGCAGUAUACCAGAGAAAAGACCGGUGUGAGAUGUGGUGAUUUAGCGAUGUCAUUCAAAUCUAUCUUCCAAGAUGUCCGAAGUGCAGUGGACUACGUUCAUAUACACGGAGAUUUAAAAAAGAAAACAAUUGAAAAUUUGCCUUUAUACUUGAAGAAAGACGAGAGGCUGCCGACGUUCUUAUCAAGAAUUACGGAAAGUGGGGCCAAACUGUUCAUAUUGACUAACAGCGAUUACAACUUCACUGAUAAAAUCAUGAAUUACUUGUUUGAUUUUCCACAUGGCGCAAAACCAGGCGAACCGCACAGGAAUUGGAAGACGUACUUCGACUGGAUCGUGGUGGAUGCCAAGAAGCCGUUGUUCUUCGGAGAGGGUACCACCUUGCGGCAGGUGGACACUCGCACGGGGGCUCUCAAAAUGGGCCACCAUGUCGGCCCGCUGCAUGAAAAAUUGGUGUAUUCUGGAGGUUCCUGCGACGUUUUCACCGAAUUGAUUGGCGCCAAAGGCAAAGACGUGCUGUAUAUAGGCGACCAUAUUUUCGGCGACAUCUUAAAGUCGAAGAAGAUCGGUGGUUGGCGUACAUUCUUAAUAGUACCCGAGUUAGUGCAGGAACUGCACGUUUGGACGGACAAGUGUCAACUAUUUGCGCAACUACAAAACCUAGAUGUACAAUUAGGAGAUAUGUACAAGGAUCUCGAUUCGAGUACUAAAGAGAAGCCGGACAUAUCGAAGCUGCGCAUGGCGAUACGUGACGUGACUCACAAGAUGGAUCUCGCGUACGGCAUGCUUGGCUCGUUGUUCCGUUCUGGGUCUAGGCAGACGUUCUUCUCAUCACAGGUGGUGAGGUAUGCGGAUCUGUACGCGGCAUCCUUCUUGAACCUGAUGUACUACCCGUUCUGCUACAUGUUCCGCGCGCCGGCGAUGCUGAUGCCCCACGAGUCCACUGUCGCUCAUGAGCAGCGGUUCACGCUUGACGCGCCCACCAUUGACAGAUCAAGACACCCAAGUGCACAGCGGGCGUACAGCGUCGCCAGCGUCAGCAUAACAGAAGAUACGUCCGAAGAUGUCGCCACAGUUGCACCAGAGACUGUUGAUAAUAAGAUCCUGGUAUCUGUGCCACAUGUGCGGCCCGAGACACCCCGCCAACUCACACACACCCACGACGAAGAUUGUUCCGAUGAUGAAGAAGUUAACAAGUCUGCACAAAGUAAAUAAACUGAGCUGUACGCACAAAAAUCGCCUGAGAUGUAUAUAAACAUUAGUCGAAAGUCAAUUCUGUGAUUUAUUAGCUCGUUUAAAAUACAAUAAAUGGUAAAAACAUAUUAAUCACUGUGAGGUUCCUGGAUGAAAUUAAAAAAUAGAUAUCUGAUAUUUGUAGUCAUUUGCUGAUAAAAAUAUAAAAUUAUUCCAAUUUUGAAAUAAGAAUUUAUUAAUUUUCUUAAAUAAUUAGUCAUAAUGGUUAUUAGUAUUUAAGUCAAUAGGCGGUAUUAUGUUUUGAAUAAACAAGCGAAACACUUCAAAGGUGAUGUUAUUCUCGGUCUACAGCAUUAAUGUAACUAUUUAUAUCAAUCUGAUCAGAAUAAAUCAGUUCAGUAUAUAUUUCCAAUAAUACUAACUGUAACAUAUACCCCUAAUGGCAUAAAUAAAGAUUAUUUUUUAUAGGUGUAAAAAUCUAUUUGUUCAUUUCUCGUGACCGAUAGAAUAAAAUACCAUGUGUGGUAUUUCAGCGGGCGCGGGAAUUGGACAUUAUGUUUUCUACACGUAUAAAAAUAAGAUUCAUCUUUUAAUUAUUGCUGAUAUAAUGGAACAAUCAAUAAAAUUACUAUCUUUACUCUUUGAUCUAUAGAUAUUGUUAAAAUUUUGUAAUUAUAGUGUAAAGGAACCAAGAACCAAGAACUCUGCUAUUAGUUAUACAUAAGUAGUCUUUGUCUUGUUAACCUUAACAAUAUUAGCGUUCCUUGCCUUAAAAAUUAUUUAAGUCCUGAUUCUAGAAAAUUGCGUCAAUGAAUAUAUUAGGUACAUUAUUAAGUAUAUAUAAUUCUUUACCAUUUUAUUUUGUAUGCUUAGGAAAUGAUACUUAUAUUUCCUGUCCUUUUCCUUAUUGUUUUAAUGUUUUCAUGAGCGAUAUUUAAAAUAUUUUUGUAUUGCAAUAUGCUAAUACGAUAUAGAUGCAGUAUUUCAAAUCAUAAGCUUCCUUUAUUUUAAGUGAACAGGGUUGCUAUAAAGCGUUGUGUUUGAAUAAUUGAAAUAUUUAGGUUAAACAUGUGAUAUGUAUUUAGUUUCUCGUUAGCAAAUGGACGGUGGUGCGCUUGUUAUCAUAGGUAUACUUACCUAUUGAGACUGCGACAUGCUUUUCAUUGUAAUCAAUGUUUAGAGGCUAUAUUCACUCUAAUGAGCGAAUAAACGAAUGUAAUAAACGAUUCCAACAUUGUGAUUAGUUGUACCGAAUAAUAAUAAACAUUUACUAAUUAUUGUUAUUAUGUAUGAUAUGAAUGCACUUUGUACAUACAUAUAAUAAUUCUAUUAAUGUGUUAUUUUGUUGUUUUGAGAUUUUAUUUGUCAGUCCAGUUGAUUUUGUAAUAAGUAUUCAUUUUGUAAUAUUUGUCAGAUUUAAGGCUGCUUUUGAGUUUAUAUCUAUUUGUUAUUUGUUCUGCCAUAACGCGUCUCAUUUAUUGUAUAAACAAUGAUUACUUGAAAUAAUUGUGUACAUAUACUUUGUAUACAAAUUAUGAAAUCUCAAGUAGUGUAAUUCGUGUAUGGAAAGGACUGAUAUAUUCUAAUGUAUGCUUUAUAGCUCUUAGUGUGUAUAGAUACAAAAUAAUUGUUUACGUGAGUUUACAUUUUUGUAUGAAUAGCUAUUCCAUGUAAUAAGAUCCAAUAAACAGAUUAGUAAUCACA